UUGAAUCAACAUGAAUAUUAUGGGAUGGUUUAUUCUAAGUUAAUGUUUAGUCUGAUCUGAGUAUGAAUAACUUUUGUUUAGCACUUGUUCUGAGAAAGCUGGACAAUUCUUCGUUAUUUAAUUGUGGAUGGACAGUAUUAUUGGGUCGGUUGGGAGAGUUGCCAACGUUAAAGUCCGUAACGAUGAUGACAUUGUUGAUAGACUAAAUCAUUUCUAUACCACUGGAAUAUUGAUUAUAUUUACUGUAGUUGUUUCCGCUCGGCAAUAUGUCGGCGAUCCCAUUAGGUGCUGGUGCCCUGCAGAAUUUCCUGGUACCCAUGUCGAUUAUACAAACAAUUUAUGUUGGAUAAAAGACACUUAUUAUAUUCCAAUGGAAUCUCAAGUUCCAUCACUGGAGCAUAUGCAUCUCCGAAAAGAAAAGGAAAUUAACUAUUACCAAUGGGUACCAGUUAUGCUCCUCAUUCAAGCCUUAUUAUUUUAUUUACCUUGUAUAAUCUGGCGGAUUUUGAAUGGACAUUCUGGUAUAAAUGUGGAUCGAAUAGUAAGCUUGGCAAGCGAUGCAAUGAUGGAAAGCCCGGAAAACAGAGCCAGGAGUCUCAAAUAUCUGGUCAGACAUUUGGACCGUUGCCUUGACAAUCAACGAGAAACGAGACAUGCGUGUUGUGUUAAAUUAAGGCACAUCCUGUCUGCAAAUUUAAAUUUGCUGUGUGGAAGAAAAUAUGGAAAUUUUCUAGUAGCUGUGUACUUUCUGAUGAAAAUUCUGUAUAUCAUGAAUGCAAUUGGACAACUUUUUCUAUUAAAUGAAUUUUUAGGAUCUAAUUACAAGGUUUAUGGAUUUGAAGUGCUGCAAGAACUAACGGAGGGAAAGGAAUGGUCAGGUUCACAUAGGUUUCCCAAAGUAACAAUGUGUGAUUUCCGGAUCCGGCAAAUUACAAAUCUUCAGCACUACAGCGUUCAAUGUGUUCUUCCGAUCAAUAUUUUCAAUGAGAAGAUUUAUAUAUUUAUGUGGUUUUGGUUAGUGUUUGUAUCUAUAUGCACGUGUGUAAAUUUUGUAAUGUGGUUCUGGUACAUGCUUUUUCCAUCGACAAGAAUUCAUUUUGUUAAAAAGUUUCUAAAACUUAUGGAACGGAUCACUACUGGUCCUGAAAGGAAACUUGUAGGUAGAUUUGUGUUAGAUUAUUUACGACAUGACGGUGUAUUUACAUUGCGACUCAUUGGAAAAAAUUCUAGUGAGAUAGUUGUAGCCGAAAUAGUAGCCGGCUUAUGGGAUAUUUAUCGCAGCAAAAAAUCAAUACAGAUCCGAACUAACAUAACUGGACAUGAUCUAAAUGUUAUAGAAGGGGAAGAUGUGUGACUAGGCCGAAAUGGCACCGGAACCGGAAGUAUGCGCAAGGAUAUUAUUGACACAGAGAUAGCAGAGGAAGUAUGUGCAUCAACGGUAUAAAUUCGAAUUUGGAAAUAUAGUUCCAAAUUUUGAUAGCACAAAUUCGGUGUCAUCGAUGGCCAAGUCGUGUGGGGUUGUGGGAAAGAAGAAAAAACUAAGAAUCAUUCCAGUUAACAGAAUGUUGAUGAAUUUCCGAAAAUCAAAAACACAAAAAUCGUUUCAUGAGUACUAAAGAGUACAUAAUGCAUAAUAAUUACUAUUCAAAACAGAUAGUUUUCAUGGUAUAUGGGAUGAUAUAUUUUUAACAUGUUAUAAAGCCAUUGCAGGUCAAGAAAACUAGAAUGAGUUUAGAUAAUAAAUUGAAAGGUAUAUGAACAAGGAACAGUCAGUUUGUUGUAAUAGUUGAAACACUGGGUUUUCUAUGAGGAUUUCAAGUUCGACAUGAUUUGAAUUGAUUUGCAAUUGUUAUUUCUUUAAACAGUAAUUAUGAAUUUAAUCUUAGUUUUUUUCAAAUAUUAUAUGUGUUAAGGAAAUGCAAAAUUUAAGAACAAGAAAUAUAAUAUAGAAAAAAUAGGAGAUGAGAUAGUCUGCAAUCUAUUGUAAUUUCAUGAAGGGUAGCAUACAAUUAAGGAGCAAUCAUUUAAUCUCUAACGGGGGAGGAGAAUGUAAUGGAUAUGUUGUGAGUUUUCAACGCUAUCAAUCAAAUUAUUUGUUCAAAAUUUAACAAAGGAAAAUCUGGAUUCAGAAUAUAUUUUGUUUUCUGAUUGGACAGGAUAUUUUUUUCAUCAAUUUGGGAAUCAAAAUGGUUGUUAGGAAAAAAUACGUGCAUUUUCAGCUAUAUAUACCAGUGAUUAUGAGAGAUAUGAUAAGAAUGCCAAAAGCAAAUGUCAAAUUUUAUAGCCUUAUUUUGAAGAUAUGCAAUUAUAGAAUCAUGAAUUAAGACUGCACUUGUGUACAUAAACCAUGCAAUUAUAAAUCAUGUUUUUCACGACACGUGCAUGCAUAUACCAUGUAGUUAGAAUCAUGUUUUUUCACGACACUUGUGUACAUGUACUGUACCAUGUUAUUAUACAAUUGCAUCUUUUCACGUCACUUGUGUACCAUAAGUACGUUUGUGUGGAACAACUCUUGAUGUUCUUUUUAAGACGGCUUAAUUGCUAUGCGUUCUUUCCAAAUUUCUGUUAGUCUUUAUAUUGGUAGAUAAUAUUGUAAGGAGGGUUUAUUAUAACGAUUAUUUAUAUUAUGGGUUGAAAGAUGUUCGCUAGAUUUGUUUUCGGCAUUUUUGUCAGUCAUUCGGAAUCCUCUGGUUUCAUAUAUUCGGUAUAAUUAAAAAUAUGCCCGCUAACCCCUACUUUUCUUUUCAUAAUUUUCGUUUAUGCAGUUUUAAAUUUUUUUAAUUUGAAAUCCUAAAAACUCCUUGUGA